AUGGAAAAGCUCCUCAAGCGACCUGAGAAGCUCCGAGGAGAUCCAGAAAAGCGCAACAGAGAUAAGUCUAACUCGAUCGAGAAGAAAGAAGAGAGGAAGCGUUCAAGAACGUCGCCUCGUCGGGAUGACCGACUUGCGAUCAUCAACACUAUUUUCGGAGGUCCGAGCGGGGGCCAGUCCAGAAACAAGAGGAAGAAGCUAGCUCGCGAGGCCAGGCUCGAGGUAUGCAUCAUCAGGGAGCAGAAGCCCACUUGCUCCAUCACUUUCGGCGAUGCCGACAUGGAGGGAGUACACUUGCCUCACAACGAUGCACUGGUGAUCGCCCCUCUGAUUGAUCACGUCCUGGUCCGAAGAGUAUUGGUCGAUGGAGGCGCAUCUGCCAACAUCUUGUCCCUCCCAACAUAUCUAGCAUUAGGAUGGACCAGGUCACAAUUGAAGAAGAGUCCAACACCCUUGGUUGGAUUCUCUGGAGAAUCAGUCUCCCCAGAAGGGUGCAUUGACCUGCCGGUAACUAUCGGGUAA